CCAGGUCUUAAGGCGAACUUGGGUGGCGUGGGGCGGGCUCCUCUGAAACACGAGCCGGGCGGGGAUGCAGGAGAGGAGGAGGAGAGAAAGCGGGGGUCUGCCUCCCCCACCUCCCGCCCCCAGGGCCACAGUCUGCUUUAUAAUUGGCCCCGGCAGCUGUUGCUUUCCUCUUAUCUGAUCCUGGGAGCGCAGCGGGAGGAAGCGCUGAAGAGGCGGAGAGAGAGGGAUAGGGUGCGGGGUGGGAGACAGGGUGAGGGACAGGAAAGAGAGCAGCCAGUUGAAAGGGGUCCACCGAGGGAGGCAAGCAAGGGCAGUGAUCCGCUAAGAGCCAAGCACCGCGAAUCUUCCCUAGGCGUCAAGAGGUCCCCAGCCUGGGCUGGAAUCUUGCCCUGCGCAGGCACCUGUUACACCUCAUGUAAAAGGCAGAAAACAAAGUGAAGAUUUCUCAGUGCAAGAUGCGGUACUGGUUGAUUCCAGCUUUUUUGGCGAUUGCUUAUUUCUCCACCACCAUUCAGGGACAAGUGGCUCCACCCACAAGGUUAAGAUAUAAUGUGAUCUCACAUGACAGCAUACAGAUUUCAUGGAAGGCUCCAAGAGGGAAAUUCGGUGGAUACAAACUUCUUGUGGCUCCAGCAUCAGGGGGCAAAACCAACCAAUUGAAUCUCCAGAACACUGCAACAAAAGCAAUUAUUCAAGGUCUCCUGCCAGAGCAGAAUUACACAGUUCAAAUUAUUGCAUACCAUAAAGACAAAGAAAGCAAGCCAGCUCAAGGCCAGUUCAGAAUUAAAGAUUUAGAGAAAAGAAAAGAUCCAACAAAGCCCAGAGCCAAGGUUGUGGACACUGGAAAUGGAAGCAAACCAUCUUCACCAGAAGAACUUAAAUUCUUUUGUGAAACUCCAGCCAUUGCCGACAUUGUAAUCCUGGUGGAUGGUUCAUGGAGCAUUGGGCGAUUCAACUUCAAGCUGGUGCGGAAUUUCUUGGAAAAUCUGGUCACAGCAUUCAAUGUGGGCUCAGAGAAGACACGAAUUGGUCUGGCACAGUACAGUGGAGACCCCAGAAUAGAAUGGCACUUGGAUGCCUUUAACACAAAAGAUGAAGUGAUUGAUGCUGUCCGAAGCCUUCCGUACAAGGGAGGAAAUACUCUAACAGGUCUUGCUUUGAACUUCAUUUUUGAGAAUAGCUUCAAACCAGAAGCAGGGGCGAGGAGUGGCGUUUCCAAGAUUGGCAUUUUAAUCACAGAUGGGAAAUCCCAAGAUGAUGUCAUCCCACCAUCUAGAAACCUCCGAGAGUCCGGUGUAGAGCUGUUUGCCAUAGGUGUGAAAAAUGCUGACGUGAAUGAGCUGCAAGAGAUCGCCUCUGAGCCAGACAGCACUCAUGUCUACAAUGUUGCGGAGUUUGACCUGAUGCACACUGUGGUGGAGAGCCUGACCAGGACCGUGUGCUCUGGGGUGGAAGAGCAGGACAAGGAGAUUAAAGCCUCAGCCCUCGCCACCAUUGGGCCACCUACAGAGCUGAUUACUUCUGAAGUCACUGCCAGGAGCUUUAUGGUUAACUGGACUCAUUCCCCAGGAAAAGUGGAAAAAUACAGAGUUGUGUAUUAUCCUACCCGAGGUGGAAAGCCAGAGGAGGUGGUGGUAGAUGGAAGUGUAUCUUCCGUGGUGUUGAAAAACUUGAUGUCUUCAACUGAAUACCAGAUAGCAGUCUUUGCCAUAUAUGCUCACACGGCUAGUGAAGGCCUACGGGGAACUGAAACCACGUCUGCCUUACCCAUGGCUUCCGACCUCGAACUGUAUGAUGUGACUGAGAAUAGCAUGCGUGUCAAGUGGGAUGCGGUGUCUGGGGCCACAGGGUAUUUGAUCCUCUAUGCACCUCUCACAGAAGGUCUGGCUGGAGAUGAAAAAGAGAUGAAAAUUGGAGAGACCCACACAGACAUCGAAUUGAGUGGACUGUUCCCCAAUACAGAAUACACAGUCACUGUGUAUGCCAUGUUUGGAGAAGAAGCCAGCGAUCCUGCUACAGGGCAAGAGACAACCUUACCUUUAACUCCACCAAGAAACCUGAGAAUCUCCAAUGUUGGCUCUAACAGUGCUCGGUUAACCUGGGACCCAACAUCAAAAAAGAUCAGUGGUUACAGAAUUGUAUAUACCAGUGCAGAUGGAACUGAAAUCAAUGAGGUUGAAGUAGAUCCCAUCACUACGUUCCCUCUGAAAGGCUUGACACCUCUCACAGAGUACUCUAUUGCCAUUUUCUCCAUCUACGAGGAGGGACAAUCCUUGCCCCUGGUUGGAGCCUUUACCACAGAGGAAGUUCCAGCCCAGCAAUAUUUGGAAAUUGAUGAGGUGAAGACAGACAGUUUUCGAGUUACCUGGCAUCCCCUCUCAGCUGAGGAAGGGCAGCACAAGCUGAUGUGGAUCCCAGUCUAUGGUGGGAAGACGGGAGAGGCUGCCGUAAAAGAAGAGCAGGACUCGUAUGUUAUUGAAGGCCUGGAGCCUGGCACUGAAUAUGAAGUUUCACUGUUGGCUGUACUUGAUGAUGGAAGUGAGAGUGAGGUGGUGACUGCUGUUGGGACGACACUUGACAGUUUUUGGACAGAAACACCCACAACUGUAGAACCUACUAGACCUGUGACUUCAGUUUUCCAGACAGGAAUCAGAAACUUGGUCGUAGAUGAUGAAACUUCUUCUAGCCUCCGGGUAACAUGGGACAUUUCUGACAGCAAUGUGGAGCAGUUUAGGGUGACCUACCUGACAGCCCAAGGGGACCCUACGGAAGAAGUGGUAGGAACGAUUAUGGUACCUGGAAGGCAAAACAGUCUCCUUCUGAAGUCUCUGAUUCCAGAUACUGAAUACAAAGUCACGGUGACCCCAGUUUAUACUGAUGGAGAAGGUGUCAGUGUUUCCGCCCCUGGAAGAACCUUGCCAUCCUCUAGUCCUCAAAACUUAAGAGUCUCAGAAGAAUGGUAUAAUCGGUUGCGCAUUACAUGGGAUCCCCCAUCUGCCCCCGUGAAGGGCUAUAGGAUCGUCUACAGACCCGUCAGUGUUCCUGGCCCAACACUGGAAACUUUUGUGGGUACUGAUGUUAACACCAUUGUUAUCACAAACCUCCUCAGCGGAAUGGACUACAAUGUGAAGAUAUUUGCCUCCCAGGCUGCAGGCUUCAGUGAUGCUCUGACUGGCUUAGUGAAAACAUUGUUCUUGGGUGUCACUGAUCUCCAAGCCAACCAGGUUGAAAUGACAAGCUUGUGUACUCGGUGGCAAAUACAUCGUCAUGCCACAGCCUACAGGAUUGUUCUAGAAUCUCUUCAGGAUGCACAAACACAAGAAUCCACCUUGGGAGGAGGUGUAAACAGGCAUUGCUUCUAUGGACUUCAGCCAGAUUCAGAUUAUAAAAUCAGUGUGUACACAAAGCUCCAGGAGAUUGAGGGACCGAGUGUGAGCAUUAUGCAAAAAACCCGAUCUCCCUGUAGCCCCAGCUGGCCUGGAACUCUUCCUCCAACCAUUCCACCUGCGAAAGAAGUAUGCAAAGCCGCCAAGGCAGACCUAGUAUUCAUGGUGGAUGGAUCCUGGAGCAUUGGAGAUGACAAUUUCAAUAAGAUCAUCAACUUUCUAUAUAGCACUGUGGGAGCCCUGGACAAGAUUGGUGCAGAUGGGACCCAGGUAGCAAUGGUUCAGUUCACGGAUGAUCCCAGAACAGAAUUCAAACUAAAUGCUUACAAAACCAAAGAGACACUUCUUGAUGCAAUUAGACAUAUUUCAUACAAAGGAGGAAAUACAAAAACAGGAAAAGCCAUUAAACAUGUUCGAGAUACCUUAUUUACUGUAGAGUCAGGUACAAGGAGAGGCAUCCCGAAGGUUAUCGUGGUUAUAACCGAUGGACGAUCACAAGAUGACGUGAACAAAAUCUCCAGGGAGAUGCAGGCAGAUGGCUACAACAUCUUUGCAAUCGGUGUGGCCGAUGCUGAUUACUCAGAGUUGGUUCGAAUCGGCAGCAAGCCCAGCGCACGCCAUGUCUUCUUUGUGGAUGACUUUGAUGCCUUUAAGAAAAUUGAAGAUGAAUUAAUUACUUUUGUCUGUGAAACCGCAUCAGCAACCUGCCCAAUGGUGCACAAGGAUGGAAUUGACCUUGCAGGAUUUAAGAUGAUGGAGAUGUUUGGUUUGAUUGAAAAAGAUUUUUCUGCAGUGGAAGGGGUUUCUAUGGAGCCCGGUACCUUCAAUUUAUAUCCAUGCUACCAUCUCCACAAAGAUGCCCUGGUUUCCCAGCCAACCAGGUAUCUGCACCCGGAAGGAUUGCCUUCUGACUAUACAAUCAGUUUCCUGUUCCGGAUCCUUCCUGACACGCCACAGGAGCCAUUUGCUCUUUGGGAGAUUUUAAAUAAAAAUUCUGACCCACUGGUCGGGAUCAUUUUAGACAAUGGUGGGAAAACUCUAACUUAUUUCAACUAUGACUACACUGGAGAUUUUCAAACUGUUACCUUUGAAGGACCCGAAAUUAGGAAAAUGUUCUAUGGAAGCUUUCACAAGUUCCAGUUACAGAUGUUUGAUAUUGUUUGCUCCACAUCAUGGGCCAGUAAAGACAAAUGCUGUGAACUUCCUGGCUUGCGGGAUGAAGAGUCCUGCCCAGACCUUCCACAUUCCUGUUCUUGCUCAGAAACUAACGAAGUGGCUCUGGGACCAGCUGGCCCUCCAGGUGGUCCAGGACUCCGAGGACCAAAAGGCCAGCAAGGUGAACAGGGUCCAAAGGGACCAGAAGGUCCUCGGGGAGAAACAGGCCCUGCAGGACCUCAGGGACCACCUGGACCCCAAGGACCCAGUGGUCUGUCCAUUCAAGGCAUGCCUGGAAUGCCGGGUGAAAAGGGGGAUAAAGGAGACAGUGGCCUUCCUGGUCCACAGGGUGUCCCAGGAGGUGUGGGUUCACCGGGACGUGAUGGCUCACCAGGCCAGAGGGGAUUUCCUGGAAAGGACGGUUCCUCUGGCCCCCCAGGACCACCAGGACCAAUUGGCAUUCCUGGAGCCCCUGGUGUCCCAGGGAUCACAGGCAGCAUGGGACCACAAGGCGCCCUGGGGCCACCUGGAGUUCCUGGAGCAAAGGGCGAGCGAGGUGAACGAGGAGACCUGCAGUCUCAAGCCAUGGUGAGGGCAGUGGCACGCCAAGUAUGUGAGCAGCUCAUCCAGAGUCACAUGGCCAGGUACACGGCCAUCCUCAACCAGAUCCCCAGUCACUCCUCAUCCAUCCGGACAGUCCAGGGGCCUCCUGGGGAGCCUGGGAGACCAGGUUCACCUGGAACCCCUGGAGAACAAGGACCUCCAGGUUCACCAGGCUUCCCAGGAAAUGCAGGUGUGCCAGGUACCCCAGGAGAACGAGGUAUAACUGGUGUCAAAGGAGAGAAAGGUAAUCCAGGCAUUGGAACUCAAGGUCCAAGAGGCCCCCCUGGGCCAGCAGGACCUUCGGGGGAAAGUCGGCCUGGCAACCCUGGGCCGCCUGGCUCUCCUGGACCAAGGGGUCCCCCAGGGCACCUGGGAGUACCUGGACCACAAGGUCCUUCUGGCCAGCCUGGAUAUUGUGACCCAUCAUCAUGUUCUGCCUAUGGUGUGGGAGCAUCUCAUCCAGAUCAGCCUGAAUUCACACCUGUUCAAGACGAGCAAGAAGCCUUGGACCUCUGGGGCUCUGGGAUCUGACCACCUCAGGAGACAGCCAAAGACCAACAGCAAGACCUCUUCAGGAACUUUACUCACAAAAUGUUGUUAUGUAGUUUGUAUGCUACUUUGUGGGGGAGGCGGGGCUCAUUUCAACAGCCUGGAUCUCCUUCAUGGAUCAGGUUAAUAUUAAUGUUAACAAAAAUUAUGUAUUUCAAACAUCCCCUUAAGCUAUGAUACCAUCAAAACAAUGCCCCUUUGCUGUUUUCUUGACACAUCAACUAAUUUGGUGUUUGUGCAAAGAAAAAUGCUCAAAGAAGAACUGGAAAAGAUAAACAGAACCCUGAAAUCUCUCCUCUGUUACAUCAUCCCAAAUUCUAAAUAGAAUAAGACAGAUAUGGUUACAUUGGAAGAAAAUGGGGCCCAACAGUAGAAGCGGGAGUUCAGAGCUGCACCAUUUACACUAUGCCAAUGGCAAUAACCUUGCCAAUAAGUAAAACAAAACUAUCAUGGGUGAAACUACCUCUUUCUUGUUUAAAUUGAUUCUGUCCAAUUUUGAGAUUAUUUAGUAUCUGGUUUCAUGGGUGUUCAGAAAUAUGUGCUAGAGUAUAACUUUUCUGGAUUUGAUAAUUUUAAAAACAGAUUCAGUUUUUCAAUAGUUUUUAUUCUAUGUAAAACAAUGACUUCCUACCAGCUCUGAUGUAAAAGGGAUCCAUGUUUUAUGAAUAAUUUGUCCAACAGUAUGUUCCAGGGAUUGCCUCUCCUCAACUACAGGGAUUACUUUGUAUAUGCAGAUAAGUUUUUGAAGACCAGCUUUGUAUUCUUUUUUUUACAAGCAAAUAAAAGUUUAAAACAA